UAUUAUAUGUGAUGUAUAGUGUGUAGAUUGUGUGUAAACUCUGUGUAGUUUGUAUCCCGUUAUGUCCAGUUAUAAAUUGUGAAAGAUUAUAUGCUAAUAUCUCUGCUUCGAUCCAACCAAUCAUGUGCCAGUUGCGUUAUUAAUAUUCAUGAGCUUGACGCUUCCUUGCCUCGACAUGUUUGGCUGAGAUGAGCAGAACUUCCUGAAGUUUUUGUUUUGGUUGUUAUCCGUGGUGAAAGGACGACGUUUUAACUGAUAUAUCGACGUUUACGCUGGAAAUUUUUCUAGUAAAUUAAAUUUCAACAGUUCGGGUAGAAUGAGCUGCUGCCCAGUAGCAUGUAUAAAGUACCUGCUGUUUAUCUUCAACCUCCUCUUCUGGCUGGCAGGUACAGGUGUGUUGGCUGUCGGGCUCUGGCUCAGGUUUGAUCCCAGGACUAAAAACCUGUAUGAAGGUGAUGACUCUCCUAGUGGCUUCUACACAGUGGUGUGUAUCCUCAUAGUCAUAGGAGGAUUGAUGAUGCUGGUUGGGUUCCUCGGCUGCUGCGGCGCUAUUCAGGAGUCGCUGUGCAUGCUGGGAUUGUUUUUUUUCUUCCUAGUGCUUAUCUUUGUUGUCGAAGUCGCUGUUGGGAUUUGGGGAUUUUCCAUCCAGAGUAAGGUUGUUGAUGAUGUCACUCAGUUUUACAAGGAAACUUACAAGAAGUACAAAGAGGACAAACAGGAAGCUCUGAGAGAGACCCUUCAUCUGAUCCAGUAUGGGCUGAACUGCUGUGGACCCUUCAGCUCUGAAGACGCAGACACACUCGAGGAGACGUGUCCUAAACGUGAGGGACUGGAUGUGCUCAUCACCAAGAGCUGUCCUGAUGCCAUUGAGAAAUUCUUCACCUCUAAACUCCACAUUAUCGGAGGUGUUGGGAUCGGAAUCGGAGUGAUCAUGGUCCUGGGCAUGAUCUUCAGCAUGAUGCUGCUGUGUGCCAUCAGGAAGAGUCAGGAGAUCGUCUGAAGGUGUUUAGGACGGAGACGCUGACGUGUUCGUGUUGCAUGAUUUCCCUUCCGAAGCUCCCGCCGUCCCUCUGCGCACUCGCCAUCUCACACGUCACAGUUUAGCUCCAUGAUCGGUUCAUACCAAGAACAUAAAACUGUAGAUUAGUCGACUCUGUGGAGAUUGUUGGGAAAAUGCCGUAACUUUGUAUGUUUUUUAUUGUUCAUGACAGAAUGACGAUGAUGACGUCGUUGUGUCACUUUGCUGAUGUCGUGUUGAUAUAAACUCACGUGUGACCUUUUUAAACAUUAUGUUCAUGUGUGAGUUUAUUCUUUUUUAUAAAUAUUAUCAUCAUCGUUAUUUAUGUUCUCAAAAUAAAAAUGUUCUAAAAAUAGGAUUUAUUGUAUAUAAUAAACACAAUUAUCAAAAAGUUUGAUGAAACUUUAGGAGUAAAAUCUUUCUCAUAAAAAAUCACAUGAACACUAAAAAGUCUAAAAAGUCUCGAGUUAAAAUGAAUUGUUAUUAUUUACAGUAAUUUGAACUCUCUGAUUGUCCAGUUCUUGUUCCCAAGGCGUAUAAAUGUGAGGUUACACACAUAUAAACUUGUCCUUAAUCUUCAUCCAAAGAGCUUCAGCAGGGGUUUCUGAGGUUCUGACCUGACCUGAGGUGGAUUUAUACAGUCGCAGUGUCUGGAUUUAAACCUUGUUAAAACUGCUGUGAACUGAAGACGAUGUCCACGUGCACGAGCGUACGACUGUGAGAGUAAAGUGUGCCUCGGGGGACGAGACCACGGUCCUGUGUGUGUGUAGCUGUAGACGCCUGGACCAGGAGUAAUUCUCUAAUUAAUUCUAUUAAAGUCAAUACUUUUGGAAAGUGUGAGACAUUUGUACACAAUGUAGUUAAAAAUGUUCAUGUGUGUUUAAGUUCAACACAUUAUAGUGUUUAUUUCAUCUGAUUUCUUUUAAAGUCUUAUUAAAAAAGUUUUUCAUAGAUA